CUAUCACUUAUUUCCUGUUGGAAUUAGUGUUGUUUUGGUGUAGUAUAUUUACGGUAUAUAUAUAUUUAAGGCAUUAAAAUAGGAAAACAUGAAUAUAAUAUGGCUUUAAAACUAGAUAAAACAAAUUCAAGUAAUAGUAUUGGUACGAAAGUUUCUGGUGAUUUAGGUGAUAUACAAGUUGCCUAUGAUAGUGACAAUGAAAAUAAUAAAAAAAUUGAAAAAAAUGUAUCACGAACUUUAACUACAAAACCUGCUAUUCCACCAAAUUUGAUUCAAAAUACAGUUCCAGUAUUUGGAAGUGUGUCAGUAUCAAGUUCUGAAAAUGUGCAAUUUGGUAACAAUACAUAUUUCAAUGGCCCUGUGACCAUAAAACAAAUAAUUCAAAAUAAAUCUGGUGUAGACAAUGCUGCUUAUGUGCACACUGAAGCAGAAAUUCAUGAUGCUCAAAACUCUCAUAAAGGAAAGGCAGCUGAUAAUUGUAAGUUUCUCAUUAAUUAUUUUUCUUUCAACUCAUUACUUUUUAAACAAGUUUUAGUCUGGUUUUGGACCUGGUUUGGUAUGUUACUUUAUUCUAUUAAACAUUUUGAUGUUGCAGCAUCAAAGAAAGAACAAAUAUUGUUAUGGCACAAAAUAACGUUUUGUGCAGUAUGCAUCACAGUUGUAGGUAGUAUAAUUGCUAUUGUACUUGUUUUACAAAAUAAAACUGAGCAACAGAAGAGUACUAACCUACCAACUGACUUUCUGUCACCUGUAACCUCUAGUGAUCCUCUAUUAAUAGCCCCGGAUCAUUUGAGGAUAGUUUCUAGAACUGAAUGGAUAGCACAGCAGGUAGACAAACCACUGACUGUGUUAAAACUACCCGCGCCAUGGGUAAUUAUUACACAUACUGCCACCGAAAGUUGUAAUACACAGAGCCAGUGUGUCCUGCGGGUUCGUCUCAUACAAACGUUUCACAUUGAAUCGCGCGGUUGGUACGACAUUGGCUAUAAUUUCCUCGUGGGGGGAGACGGUUCCGUCUACUACGGGAGGGGGUGGGACUACGAAGGUGCUCACACGAAGGGCUACAAUAAGUACAGCAUCGCCAUCGCAUUCAUAGGAACCUUCAACAGUAAGCCACCGCCGAAACGUCAGGUGGAAGCUUGCCAGAAGUUAAUAAAGCUAGGCGUAGAGUUAAACAAAAUAGCUAAAGACUAUAAAUUAUUCGCUCAUAGGCAACUAAUGUCGACUCUUAGUCCGGGUGACGAAGUUUACAAUAUAGUAAAAACUUGGCCACAUUUUGUUCGUAAUGGCAGCGAUAUUGAGUCUUUGAUACCCAGGGGCAGGUAAUCAGGCCUCGUGGUCUAUCACAAUUGUGUUACAAUGGUGGGCCAUAAGUGGUAAACUUUUUCAUAAUGCCUGUUUUUGACUAUAGUAUGAACACGACAUUCUAAUACAAUUUUUCAAGGGCCGUGGCUGAAUAACACCUGACUAGACUAAACUACCAUUUUAAUUGUCAUAAUCGUUGUGACAAUAUAAUCAUUUUUUGAUGAUGUAUAAAUUAAAUUAGAAGUCAAAUUAUAUGGGAUCACGAUUAAAGUUCUUAUGUUUGUUAUCGUUUGCUGUUAUUUGAUACCACGACGAUAUAUACUUUGUAUUCUCUGAAGUACUAAUUUAGCGUAUUCUCUGAAUUACUAAUUUAGUGAUAAGAGUUCACGAUAAGAAUGUUAUUGGAUAUAUUCUUUGAAUUAA